GUCAGUCACUCCUCUGAUGUCACUAAUGUCGCACAUGUAGUGUAAUAUGUUCGUGAUACGCGUUUUCUUUACGUUCUUAGCGGUGGUUAUUUGAUUCCGCCUUGUCGUUUAGAACGUCACACAACGUGUGCCUACCUUGAUUCUUCCUACAAGAUUAUAUUUAAAUACUGUGAUUUGUUCACCCGAUGGAUUUACACUUAAGUUCAUACGAAAAUUUUUGUCGUUGAAACAACCUAUAUAAUAUCGAAUUCUAUACACGACGUAGCGUUUAUAUUAUUUGAUUUUGUAUCUAAUACGUAGUAGAUUUUUUCUGCAUCAAUUCUUUUGGUCUGUCUCAUUGAAUAUUCAUCGGUCAACGUGGUAGUUUGGUAAAGAUGAACUGCGAAUAAGGUGGCAAAACUUGGAAACAAAAAAUGAGUACACCACCAAUCAUGGUGCCAGGUGGAGAACGUCGUACGCAAUCCGAAUCUCUUUCUGUCUCCCAAUCGGUGGGAAACCCUUCUGAGCCCUUGCAGACUAUGACCCCACCUAAUGUCAGUCGAUCUCUCAGCAGUCCAGCAGCUGAUGAUAGACGACCUCGCCGUGGCAGUCAAACUGGAUCCUCACCGCUGUCCAAACUACCAUCACUAGAAUCUCUCUCAACAAGUACGAUUAUUACCACUUGUGCUCCACCAUCCUCUCCAGGUUUGCCUACCAUGGGUGAGAGCUGUCCUAAACUAGCAGACAAUUCGUCGGACAAGUCUGGCGAUGCCAGCAAGUUGACUCGUAAAGAGUCCUACAAGGCACAGCGAAAGAAUUAUCGGAUGGAGAAGAAAAGAGUGGCCAAUGAACUCCUCAGCUCUCUCAAAGAUCCCACUGUGGUGGUAAUGAGCGAUUGGCUCAAAGUUCGAGGAACACUUAAAAGUUGGACUAAAUUAUGGUGUAUUUUAAAACCUGGAUUAUUACUACUCUAUAAGAAUCCAAAAAUAAAGAGCAAUAAUUGGGUUGGUACAAUUCUGCUCAACAUAUGCCAGGUAAUAGAACGACCCAGCAAGAAAGACGGGUUUUGUUUCAAACUAUUCCAUCCACUAGAACAAUCAAUAUGGGCACCGCGGGGACCUGAAAAAGAGGCUAUUGGUGCCGUGGUUCAACCACUGCCUACGUCUUAUCUGAUAUUCAGAGCGCCAUCCCAGGCUGCUGGUAAGUGCUGGCUAGAUGCGUUGGAGCUCUCUUUGCGUUGUUCAUCGCUGAUUGUCCGGUCAAGUAGUGUUCUUCCCCGUUCACCACAACAUGAUGCCACAACUACACAUGAAACCCAAUGGAGUGAAGCCGAUUAUGAGAAACACUUCAACGAUCAUGACCUGGACGAUAUCAGUCAACCAGAAAACGGAGUGGUUGCCGAUGCUGAGAUCAGUGCCUCUGACAGCGAAUCAGAACCUUCUGUCAAGGAGGAGGAAUGUGACCAAAUUGAAGAGACUCCUUAUGUGGUUGUGGAGAAUGAAGUUCUGGGAUCGGCAGGAGAAGUAGUAGCAGAACUGCAAGAGGAGCAGAAAUCUCUCAUUUGGUUCCUAAUGAAGCAAGUCAGGCCAGGAAUGGAUCUGUCUAAAGUUGUUCUGCCAACCUUCAUCUUAGAACCAAGGUCUUUUUUGGAAAAACUGGCAGAUUCCUAUUAUCAUGCUGAUCUUCUAUCCCAGGCUGUCUUGGAAGAUGAUGCAUUUACACGUAUGAAAGGUGUUGUUAAAUGGUAUCUAUCUGGAUUUUAUAAAAAACCACAAGGCUUGAAAAAACCAUACAAUCCGCUGUUGGGAGAGACGUACCGUUGUUACUGGCAGCACCCGAAUGGCUCACGGACCUUCUAUCUUGCUGAACAGCUUUCUCAUCAUCCGCCCAUCUCUGGAUUCUAUGUAACCAAUAGACAAGAUGGUUUUGCGAUCAGUGCAACGAUCAUUGCCAAGUCCAAAUUCUAUGGUAAUUCAACAUCGGCAGUACUAGAUGGUGUGGCAAUUAUGACGAUGCUGCCAAGAGGUGAGGAUUAUACCAUGACCAUCCCUUAUGCCCAUUGCAAAGGUAUUUUGAUGGGAACAUUAUCGAUGGAGCUCGGUGGCAAGAUUAAUAUAAAUUGUGAAAAGACGGGGUAUCAGACGGAAUUAGAAUUCAAACUCAAGCCAUUCCUAGGUGGUGCCGAUCAAAUGAAUCAAGUAGUAGGGCGGAUUCGACUCGGCAAAGAAACGCUUGCCACGUUUUCAGGCUAUUGGGACGGACAAGUUAUCAUUAACGAUAAACGAUCGGGGACCGAUAGCGUUUUUUUCAAUCCUACAACUGAAAUUCGUAAGAGCAGAUUAAAGAAGUAUACUGUGCCGCUAGACCACCAGGGUCAGUGGGAAAGUGAAAACCUCUGGCAAGCGGUUACUGUGGCAAUUAAUAACGAUGAUCAGGUGGCCGCAACAGAAGCUAAGACUGUUUUAGAAGAAGCUCAGAGAGAACGUGCUCGUGAAAGAAAAUCCAAGAAUCAGGAAUGGAUUCCGAAAUAUUUUGUACAGGAUAUUAUUACCGGAAAUUGGGUGUAUCGCCAUGCUGAUCUGCGGCCUUGGGAUCCUCGCAAUGAUGUCAUCCAGUACGAGUAUGACUAUGUUGUCCGGACUAAAACCAGGCAUAAAACCCCAAUAAUGAGGACUGGUAGUAUAAUCUCUGUUGAACCACAAACUCAGAUGCCAUUGUUACAAGCUGAGUCUCGUUCAUCAUUGUCUGUAUUGAAAUCUUCGAGGAGGCAAUUAACGAACAACAUGCCGCUUACAGAAGGAACUCACGAUUCGGGAAGCUCUUCUGCGGAGUUUCACUCCGAUUCCAGUCAGUCUGUAGGAAAAAGGCGACGUGCUACCGCUAAAAUAAUUGACGUAAUUAAAGAGAUGGACUCUCGACUGCUUGAUCACGGAGAGAAGCUAAAUAGAAUUCAACAAAUUGUAGAACAACUCGCCAUCAAGCAAAGAGAACAAAACGAAAAUGCUCACCAACUGAAAUUAUCAAGGAAUUUGAUGGACACCGGCAUUGUGGUUGCAGUUAUUUUUAUCAUCCAAUACCUUCUGAAGUUUUGGAGUGAUAGAUCUAUCGAAACGAAAGGAACGUGUAACAGAUGAGGACUAUUCAAAGAAAAAUGGGGCAUCAUUACACCACGUGUUCCAAAAAGGUGAAUUGCUAUAUUGAGGUUGAGAGAAAAAAUAAUAUCCCGAAAAUCGCCGAAAUGCACUUGAAAUGAGCGAAGCUCAAGCAGCAGAUAUCUUUUAGGCAGCCGGUUCACUUGCCUCUUGCAGAAAUUCGAGCAAAAUAAAAAUUAAAAAUUGAAAUUUCUUAGUGACAAUCAAAUCCAGUAGAUGUAAUGUUAAAAUUACUUUAAUUUUUUGGAUUUGAAUAUUAUUCAGUAGUAAAGCUAAUUGAUCGUCACUUUUCGUAAAGAAUUCAUAUUGUUCGACAGAAAUCCGUUGGUCACUCUUAUUAAAUGUAUCAUCACUUUUGUGUCGUCACGUGCUGACACUAAUUGAUGUUAAGAAAAAAAAAUGAACGAAAAUACGAGUUUACAAUUAGCGUUGUGAUGUUGAAACAUUUGGAAUUACGUGUUUAAAAUAUUAUUCCAAUAUCUGCGUGCUUGGUGUUCAAGAUUACCUGAAGGAUUCUCUCGUAAUGAAUUACGACAGACAUUCCGUCACUCUGAAAUUGCGAGUGCUGAGGGUAACGCGAAUCCUUAUCGGUGAUAUCCGCCUUGCUCCGCUCUUAUCACUAAGUACUGAUGAGUAUAGUAUAGUAUUGCAUGUUUAGCGUCAGGUCAAGUUUGUACAUAAUAUAUCCGCUAUAGAUAGGCAGGUGAUUAAGGAAAAGUCAGAUUUUCUCAGAAUUAUUAUCCUUAUAAAGCUAUAUAUGCCGUUACUCAGCCAAUAAUGUUGCAGUAGUCAUGCUAAUGUUGAUAAAACGAUACUGCAUUUCUACAAAAAAAAAAGUUUGAUCAAUUUUCACGAUUUGUAGAACAGGAUACUGCGAAUCACGGUACUUGAAGUUAUUAGAAUGUCAUGAGAUAAAUGAUUCCAGGGUAUUACAAUGUUUUUAUUCAUAUGUCGAAUUCAAAAUUCAUAUGAGUGUGUAUAGAGCAGUAUCAUGAUGCGAUGGAGAUGGCUUGUAUUGCAUCAAUUUCAGCCACUUUCAAUUAGUAAUUGCAAAAUUUAUUCUCGCGAUUUCCACUGCUCUGCUGUACUAAUUAUUUACAGAUAGUUUCAAUUAGUUAUCCAUCACUGUCUUUAUGUCAUAUUUUCUACUUUCAUGAUCAAAGCCAGUGACCUGAGGGAUUGUUUUUUGCUGUUACGGCACAAUAUUAUACAACGUGUUAUGUUAUAUUUAUUACGUUUAUAGUUUUAUUCAACUAAAAAUAGAACAUUAUGAUGAUAAUAUUAUUAUUAACGUCAACAUUAAUAUCAAUAGUAAGGUGUCAGAGAGGUAAACAUAUUGUAAGAACGGGCCGAUUGUAUUUGUACAUGAAUGUUGUUGCCGUUAUCCUAAUAGAUUAACACUAAUAUAAUGAUCAUCAUUUGUGGUCCGCGCUCACUAAAGAAUUCGUAUAGCUUUACAUAAAUGCAAAGCAUACUUGUAAUUGUAUCAGUGGGGUUUACAGCAAAUACACUAGAAAAAGCAUCAACAAACUUUUUGAGCAUUCUUGUAAUUGAGUAGAAUUAUUGAAGAAAUUCGAAUACUCUUUCUCUGAAUUUAAAUUUGCAGAACGAAUGUCUAGGAUCCUAUGGGUCCUUUGAUAAGCCAGUUAUCAAACCUUUCAAUGAGCGUGACAUAAAAUUGAGAAGCAUAGAUAAAAGGGUAUAGUAUAUAAUUUUUUUUAUGUGCAAAUUGCAAGGUGGUUAAUUAAUUGAUAAUAUGUAGCGUGAAAUGUACUGUGAUGACGAGGUGAGGAAAAAAUUCAAUAGGAGUUAGACUGUUAUACGUAAAAAUGAAAACUAAAACAAGCACUGCAAUUUCCAUGAAACGCUUGUGAUCGAUAUAGUAAAUCUAUCUAAUCAUGUUAUUUCACAUCACUGUUGAUAACGACAGAAGAAUAAUGUUCAAUUCUGAUAAGUUGAGGGAAAUAUGAACCUAAAGCUUGGAUGUUUCGUAACUAAGUAUUGAGGCUCGUUUGUGACUGGAGCUAUUACAAAAAGUGGUUAUUAUUAGCCUAGAAUUUAUAGCUGGAGGAUCAUGCAAGGUUUGAAAAAGUGCACAACGGGUAAUUUCCUAAACUCAUUGUUGCUCUGUUGUGCACUAUAUUCGUAAUCUAGAGUCAUUAGGUACACAAGAAUUCCAAGUAGUUAUUUGAAAAUAUUCUUUCUCUUGCAAAUGCACUGUUAAAAUAAUGAAGUACUGCCAUUUGGAUCAUUAUCAGAUUCCAAUAAUGGUUUAAUCAAUUGUCGCUAUCUCAGUGUAUCUUGACAUAUAUUGGAUAUUACGUUGACGUAAUUGAAAAUUGAACAAAUUAAGUAAAAAGUCAGUAAUUGGUUGGAACUGUAAUUUUUACAAACAUUCUGUUACGAAGAUGGUUUUUCAAUAUCUACGAAAUAUAGAAUUGAAUUUCCAGUGAAUGUUGAAUAAUGAAUGAAGAGCUACCUAUGUUUAAAAUAGAUGUAAUCGUUAUUUGUGAGUUUCGUUAAAUUUCUAUGACCGUGUGCAAUAUUUUCUUUUCCGUUUCACUUAGUGGAAUAUUUUGAAUUACAAUGUAUAGCUCGUCCCGAGUAACUGUUUCAAUAUGUGCUCGUUUUUUAAAUGAGAUAUUGCCUUUUCAAAAACAUAAGAAUGAAUUCUAUAGUUGGUCAGAGUCAGAUUGAUCAUUUUCAAGACGUACCUCCUUACUGACAAUGAGUAUAGACCUGGAGGUACUCUUUUCUUUCGCUUUAGUAGUGCACCAUUCUGUGCGCUUGCUAAAGCUUUCAAUACUUAGGUAAUGAUGAUUAUAAGACGUUAAGCUUUCGCAUUCUGCUUCAACGAUGUUUGAUCUCACCCCUUGGCAGAGGUAUAAAAAUUUAAAUACGACAAAAUUUCAAGAGUCACGUUUUCUUUCUUAUUCUACCAAUGUAAUCUAAAAAAUAAACACGCAUUGGGGAAAACCAUUGCUGUGCAUUAGAAAUACACUUUUAGAUAAAACAUUCCAAAACCUCGGAAAAGUGUUGAAGCUUUCAAAAUAUUUGAUAAUUAAGUGGCUAAAUUGUCAAACUAUUACAAACCUGAAAAGGAAAAAAAAAAAAUCAAAUUUGAUAAAAUUAAAAAAUAUUUGUCACUUUGUUAUACGAGUACCGAAGUACCUAGCCUUGAAUAUGUGUAAAUUUGGUUACUGUUUUGUGAGUUCAAUGUAUUCUGUAACCGAAGGUAACUGACAUAGAUGUGAUCAUAUUAUUAUACCUAUGUGUACGUAUUUUAAAUCGUUUGUAUAUGUAAAUUUAUUUGGUUAAUUCCUCGUUAUGUAAACAGAUUUUUAUUAUGUAAUAAACUUAAAUUUCUUUUA